ACUUCCUACGGGGAAGCAGAUAGUGUUCUGUCCGCCAGCACUUUCAUCUCUGACAGCUUCUACAGCAACAAUGGAGUCACUGAUCCAGCAGCCUACGAUUUCCCCAGUCGGGCUGCGACCAAGCCGAAGCCCUCACAGAAGCGAGAAGUGGACUGGGGUGAUCGGAGCUCACUUCGCCUCUCUGUCGAUUACACAAAACAGCUUUCCAAGGCUUCAUCCCCAACGAACUCUGACAAAGGUGAUGCAAAUUACUUCAAAAUAUGCUUUGCAACCGAGUUCUCGGAUGAUGAUGAAGACGUCCAGAGACAAGGAAUCGAACCAACAGAAAUUGACGAGGACGUGAAAUCUGCGCUUCCUGAGACUUUACCUAAGUUGGAUCAAUCAUUUACAGCCCGAUGUUCACAGCCAUACGCCAUGAUCUGCCACGCUGAAGUUUCUGUGAAGGAUGUAAACCUCUUGACGGCCAAGACAAAAAAACUGCUUGGCCCUCUUCCCACAAUCAACGGCUUCUUCUUCCGGGAGGCGCUUGAGAAGCUUCUUAUUUCACAACUGCAACUCAUUUUGAACGACCUGUUGUGCCAAAUUUCCGGAUUAUUGCGAUCUAAUUUGUUUCCUGACAUGCCCCGUCCCUCCUCUCUUCUAAAAUCAGGUGCCCGUGAGCCUAAGGGGCGCGCAUCGCAUGCUCCCCAGGCGGCCCCACGAGAGUUAAACGAUGAACUGAUGCGAGAGCUUCCCCUUCGUGACGAUCUGCAAAUAGAAAACGAGGAACGAAAAGCCCACUUGCAACAAUUUUUGCUAUCCCGCAAACUCAACUAUGCACUCGACUGCAAGUUGGUCCGGCCCACAACCCUUCUCCCUCCUUGUCAACCCAUCAGUGCUGACUACCACUCCGCGGACAGCUUCAAUCCUAAGUCCCCGAGAGAGAAACCUCAACAACUCUCCUCUGGCCCAACGCCCACAAGUCCCAGAAUUGCAAAGUUAAAGUCCUAUUUUUUUGGCUUCUUCAACAAAAAACGCUCCAAGGAUACAAGUCCAAUGGAACGGAGUUCUGUCUAA